AUGUGUGCCAAUUUACUAAAUGAAAAUCAAGCGGUACACACAAAAUGGGGCAAAAGGACCCCUAAGGAGAAACAUGAUUACAAACUUAGAUUAAGUGCUUCUACUAUGCUUGGAAAAAGGUUGUUGAAUGGCGGAUUGGCGUUUCAUGGUUACGAUGAAUCAAAAGAUUCAUUAAAUAAAGAAUAUUUCUUAGAGCUUCUGAAACUAAUGGGUGAAAUGAAUGAAGAGCUUGUUGAUGAAUCAUGUGACGUAUUCCAAAAACAACAAAUGGCGGUUGUUAUUUGUUAUGUUGAUAAAGUUGGGAUUGUUAAGGAGCGUUUUAUUAUGCUUGUUCAUGUCAAAGAGACAAGCACAUUAACACUCAAAUCAUCUAUUGAUGAUAUAUUGGCACGUUAUGGGUUGAGUUUAAAAAGGAUUAGAGGCCAAGAUUAUGACGGGACAAGUAACAUGUCGGGCGAGUUUAAUGACUCUUAUUUCUAUAUUCAUUGUUUUGCACACCAACUUCAACUAGUUGUUGAGGCGGUUGCUCAUAAACACACACCUAUUUGGAAUGUUAAAUCUUUUUGUGACAUGUAUGAACUUGAGGUGAAAAUUUUGGAUAAUGAAUAUAUUAACCCAAGGUGGCCAAGAAGAAAGACGAACAUCAUAAAUCGGCAUUAUUACGAGUGUGCUUGUUUCAAUGCGGUUCUAGAUUUGCAAAUUCAAGAAUUUGGGAACCGUUGUAACGAGGUAACAUCGGAACUACUUGUUUAUAUGAAUUGUUCGAGUCUGUGUGAUAAUUUUAGUGCGUUUGACAUUCCAAAUAUAAAAAAACUAACCGAGAAGUAUCCAUAUGAUUUUGAUGAAGCCGAAAAACGAAGGCUUCCAGAUCAACUUGAAAACUACAUUAAUUAUUUUGUGAAACAGGAUAAAUAA